AUGACAGGUUUGUCGAUUGUUCCGAGGACGACUGAGGGCCAGCGAUUGCCGAAUGAGCUCCUCUUGCACGUCGUCAGCUUUCUUGAACCUGGUAACGGUCAGUUCUUGGAGGCGGCCCAUGAGACGACCAAGACCCUCCUGGCACUCAUGCGGGCCUGCAAGUCAACAAAUGCAGCAGCAAGCCCGAUAUUCGCCCGCCAUUGCGUCUUCCUGGACUCUGAAGACCGCACGUUGAGGUUUGCCCGAUGUCUGGCCCUUGCUGCUUCUGUGUCCGAACCCGCACACCAAUCACCGUUCGGAAGCAUUUCUGCCAUUUUUAUGGAAUCGUUCCUGGAAUUCAAAACAGAACAUUUGGAAACUUUAGCGGUAGUUGAAAAAAAUAUCGAGGAUGAUCACACAGUUAAUGAGGAAGAUGAGAGCAGUUCAUCCGAUUACGUUCCCGAGCCAAGACCCCAUCCAGAACUCAACGAUCUCGCGGUAGCAGUCGCUGUGCACGAUAUAUUUCUCGCCGUUGCCCCGACUUUGAAACGACUUAGUAUAAACAUACCGCUACGCUCCCUCUGGCCGGAAGACGACGAGCUUGGUGUCAGGCCUCUGCUGCGAAGCGGUUUCGAGGCUCUCAUCAACCUGGAGGAGUUUGUCAGCGUACAGGACGAACUUUUCCUCAUCACUUCCAAAGAGUUGCCCUCAGACGAGGUGGAGGUAUGGGCAAAUUAUUGGCCAAACCUGCGUCGUCUUUGUCUGUAUGAUAAGUUUCUCGAGCCUGCCUUCUGGCGGGAUGUGAUGGGCUGUCCUCAGCUGGACUCCGUCAUUCUUGGCCGACCGGACGGGAAUCACGUCUCUGAACCAGCAGACCUCAAACGGGACUGGAUUUCUACACUUGCAGGCCACAGGGUCGAGGGAAAUGAGUACGGGGGAGCUAUUAGACCGCUCACAGUGAUCAUAUUCGACAUGGACGGGCAGCAUUGUUCUUUCACGGGAUUUAAUCCGGCGUGGGAGACUUUAGACCCCGAUGAACGAAUUAGGGUUCGUUAUGCCAAAGCACCGCCCAUCAACCCUGUUCUCAACUCAGGGGUCCCUGAGGAUGAGGCUUCCCCUCGUGAUUCUGUUCAUGUUUGGGUUAGAAAGCAUGCCUUUGCAGGCACGUUAUGGUCUGAGACUGCAAUCGAGGCAUACAACCCAUUGAGUAGAGAUGGGUGA